ACUUUUCAAUGCAAUAUGUUCAACAGUUCACAUUUUUUUCUGGAGAUUGAAGGUUUUGAAGGCAAUGCAACUCCAAAUAAUACAUCUCCCCCUGUGUUUUCAAAACCAAUGGAUUCGAAUAUUCGUCCAUGUGCAUCUGCAAAUGGGGAAGACAUGGAUUCCCCACAGUCUCUUCAGGAUGAUGUGACUGAAUAUAGUCCUAAUGUAGACAGUUGUUGUGCUAACAUAGCACAAGGACCUGAGCAGACAAGAGCCCCAAAGAAGCUGAAGAAAUACCUGUUUCGGGCAGUAUCUGAGGGGAAUAUUGAAGAACUGCAAGGUCUGCUUGCAGAGCUGAAGGAGAGAUCAAAUGUUUGUAGAAACACGACUGUGCCAGAUUAUCUAAUGAAAAAAUUCACAGCUUCAGAUACUGGGAAAACUUGUCUGAUGAAAGCUCUACUGAACAUAAACAACAACACAAAUGAGAUAGUGAAUAUACUACUAUCCUUUGCAGAAGAAAAUGGUAUUUUGGAGAGGUUUAUCAAUGCAGCAUACACAGAAGAGGCAUAUAAAGGCCAGACAGCUCUAAAUAUUGCCAUUGAAAGAAGACAGUUUGAAAUCACUCAGACUCUUAUAGAAAAAGGAGCUGAUGUCAAUGCUCACGCCCAGGGUAUUUUCUUUAAUCCCAAAUAUAAACAUGAAGGCUUUUAUUUUGGUGAAACUGCACUGGCUUUAGCUGCAUGUACCAAUCAGCCAGAUAUAAUUGAGCUGUUAAUGGACAACACCAGGACCAACAUUGCUUCUCAGGAUUCCAGAGGGAAUAAUAUCCUACACGCAUUAGUUACUGUUGCAGAGGACUUUAAAACUCAGAAUGACUUUGUAAUCAGAAUGUACGAUAUGAUUUUGUUGAAAAGUAAAGACAGAAAUUUGGAAAAAGUGAAGAACAAGGAGGGUUUAACACCACUACAAUUAGCUGCAAAAACUGGGAAGUUAGAGGUUCUGAAAUACAUCCUCAGCAGAGAGAUAAGAGAUAAACCCAACAGAAGCCUGUCAAGAAAAUUCACAGACUGGGCUUAUGGUCCCGUCCAAUCUUCUCUUUAUGAUUUGACAGAACUAGAUACCACUGCAGACAAUUCAGUAUUGGAAAUUAUUGUCUACAACACGAAUAUCGGUAAUCGUCACGAAAUGCUGACAUUAGAGCCUCUUAAUUCACUCCUGCGAAUGAAAUGGAAGAGAUUUGCACGACACAUGCUUUUUAUGUCAUGUUGCUUUUAUUUUCUGUACAACGUAACUCUGACAUUAGUUUCCUACCACAGGCCUAAUGAAAAUGAAGCUCCACCUUAUCCACUGGCUCUGACACGUGGUGUGGGAUGGCUGCAGUUAUCAGGACAGGUGAUGGUUAUGUUAGGAGCCAUAUUUUUAGCCAUAAAAGAGAGUGUAGCCAUCUUUCUGCUUAGGCCCUCAGACCUGCAGUCAAUUCUUUCUGAUGCGUGGUUCCACUUUGCAUUUUUUAUACAAGCUAUGCUUGUGAUCUUCUCUGUCUUUUUGUACUUGUUUUCCUACAAAGAACACCUCGUGUGUCUUGUUUUGGCAAUGGCCCUGGGAUGGGCUAAUAUGCUCUAUUUCACCAGAGGUUUCCAGUCCAUGGGAAUUUACAGUGUUAUGAUUCAAAAGGUCAUCCUGAACGAUGUGAUAAAAUUUUUAGUUGUCUAUAUCGUGUUUUUGCUGGGAUUUGGCGUAGCUCUUGCUGCAUUGAUUGAAACUUGCCAAAAUGGUGGUGAAUGCCAUUCCAACAGCAGCCUGGGACCUGUUCUGAUGGAUCUUUUUAAGCUCACCUUAGGUCUGGGUGAUCUGGAGAUCCAGCAAAAUUCCAAGUAUCCUGUGCUAUUUCUUCUGCUCCUCAUAACUUAUGUUGUGUUGACUUUUGUCCUUCUCUUGAACAUGCUGAUUGCAUUAAUGGGAGAAACAGUGGAAGAUAUUUCUAAAGAGAGUGAGCACAUCUGGAAACUCCAGAGAGCCAGAACCAUUUUGGAAUUUGAAAAAUUCUUACCAAAAUCUUUGAGGAAAAAAUUCCAACUGGGAGAGAGGUGUAAAGUGGCUGAAAAUGACACAAGAGUCUGCUUAAGGAUUAAUGAAGUGAGAUGGACUGAGUGGAAAACACAUGUUUCGUUUAUUAAUGAAGAUCCAGGGCCAACAGAUCCAAGCAAAGUUCAAGAUAAUUCAAGAACUAAUAGCAAAAACACCUUGAAUACGUUUGAAGAAAUGGAUGAUUUGCCUGAAACUUCUCUUUAGUUGUUCUGUGUUUGAUAUGUAGAUGUUUGGAAAGUUAAAAGCAUCAGCGGCUGAUGUUGGGAGGUUUUUUGUUAUUUUGGACAGCUGUAGCCAGCUGGAGCACAGACAUUCAGUGAUGUGGUCUGGUGACUUGAACCCAUUUAAUCAGGGCAGCUAAGCUACAGUAAAAUGGACUAUUGCUCUGUUCAGUUUUAAGCUUGAAAACUGCUGCUGUCCAAGUUCGUAUGCCUGCUGAAACUUGACUCUAGACUGCUGAAAGAAGUGUCAAAUGUGAGAUACUUCUUCCUUUUGUGGAAAAUUAAGAUCUUUGGGAUCCUGAUCUGCUGUCUGUUGUUUUGGAAUCUUUAACUCCUGGGCAAUAUUUUGUACACUGAAAAAACCUCUUGUCGUAGUGAAAAGAAAGGCAUUUCAAUAGGUCUGCUAAAUGAAGUCUGUUAUUUUGAAAUAGCGACGUUCUGAGAACAUUUGCAACUUUUUGUUUUGCUUGUCAGUGUUAUUGGGGGCUUAUCCUGCAAGCUGCAGAAAGCCUCUGUGUCAAACUGCCUCUUUGGGUCUCCUUAGCUUUGUGAUCUGUCUUCCUGUGUGUGAUGCCUGCAAUGUAACGUGCACUUCACUGAUUUUUAUUCAUUAUUCAUACCUUCCCAUAAAAUGAUGGGGCAGAAACAUAAUUCAUGAUGGGGAAUAUUUGUGAGAGUUUUUUUAAGUCAGUGUUUUUAUUUUUCCAAUUGCUACGUGGCUUUUCCACACUUGUGCAUCUUGUUGUGUAAAAACUACUCUGUUAGAAGAUUUCAGGUUUAAUUAAUUUCUAAUUUCAACUACUUCAGGAAAAUUAGAAUUUCUUCCCACAGAAAGAAAAUAAAUGAAAUACAGUGCAAUUGCAGACUUUUUAUUUUAUUUAUUUAUUUUUAUUCAGAGGACUGUGUAAUGCAUUUCUUUAGCACUCCUUAUUUCAUUACUUGUGAUGGCCUACUAUUAUAAAUUUUUUUGUUGUUGUUGUUUUCAAUUUUAUCUGUGUAUGUCUUAAAAAAUGUGCUCUGUGUACCUUCAGAUUUCAAUUAAUUCACAUCUUCCCUGUCCUGGGUUUUCUUCAUAUGUGUGUUCCUCUGGUGCCUGUUUUAAAGGUGCUACUUAGGAAACACUCAGGUAAAUUCAGUUCUGUUUGAAUGAUAAUGUGAAUUGCAUUGAAUUCUUACAGCUAAGCCUGAAGCGCGCAAACUGACCCCAAAGACUUUCUUAACACAGAAGAGAGCAUGAGUGAACUCUGCAGCAGAAAGGACAGUGCAAAGCAGUUUGCAGGGAUGGUGAACACGGUUCUCUCUACCAACUCAUCUUCUGUAGAUGCCCUAUCCUGUGUUUGCUACCAUGCAUGGCCUGGAUGGAUGGGAUCGAACUGAAAUCUUCAGUUACUUUUUUUAGAGUGCAUAGGAAUUAUAGAGGAAGGACGUUCAUGAGUGCCAAUAGUUUGACCUCCUCAGUAGGAUAUGUGAGUAUGAGAAGAAAAAUCCCUUUCUUCCCGGAAUCUUUCAUCUCUGCUGGUUAAUUUUGCAUUGGAACUCCCAACAAAGAACAUUGCCAUAGGACUACACCAUUCUGCUUGGACUCUUUAAGUGCCAGUUUUUGUACCAAAAAAAUACCUCAUCACAUGUACUCAGGAACCAGGAAGAAAACCUGUCUGCACUGUAUUCCAUAUUGCUACGGAUGGACUUGUCACUGAAAACAGGUUCAGAUGUCUCUGUACUGUACUGAGGUCACUCUGUAGGCACAGCCAUAAACAGAGAAGGCACCAAGAAAUGUAAGGAAUGUUCCUUAACCACAUUCAGGUACAAAGCUAUGUGAUAAAACGGAGGAAGGAGGCAGGGGUUAUUUUAUGUGAAAGUCAUUCAGUGAGGAAAUACCCUGCUUUCUGCCACAGAGUCCUGCCAGAACACACAUCAAGCAUCUCUUAUCUCAAGGCUUCUAUCAAGAACACUAUAAUGACUGCAGCAGAUCAAUCUGUAAUUUUUAUUCAAUAUUUAUCUGAAUAUAAAGAAAUAAAACAUGUAAUUCAA